UAUCUCGACUACCCCUGUCGUGUGUACCAGGCUACAGUAAGGGCUGUGUUGUUGCAUGGCCUCUGCGGACAAAUGAUGUGAAGCGUCUCCAGGUUUCCAACCACCGAUGUCUCAGAAUCGUGGCUGAUUUUGGAUGGCGUCAGCGUGUUAGUGACGAGGUAAUUAGAAAACAGGUGUUUGGUUGUGCUGCAGGCACUUCAAUCCGAGAAAACAUCCAGCAUCAGCGACUACGAUGGCUCAGUCAUGUGCUACGCAUGCCGAAAAAUCGUCUACCGAGACGAGUGUUGUUCUCCGUACCUCCUUCAGGAUGGCUCGAACCACGCGGAUGGGUCCCCGUAAUCCCGUUUGAGAUUGGCUGGAGACGCUGCGAGAAAUGGCGGCUAAUCGAUGUCAGUGGCGUUCGUGCUGUCAAUUUCUAUUGUCUGAUUGAGCGGUUGGAGAGAUUGUGGGCGAAAAAGCGCCUCGGAGAAGCAGACAAUCACGAUGAAAUUUGUGUGCUCCUCCGUUUAAUGUACGCAAACUACACAAGGCUUGUCAUAUCGAUCGUGAAUUCGAAGCCGACCUUGGACAGAAUUAUGAGUGCAACUGACCUACAUUGCUCGUGUU